GGGGAGUCCAGCUGAGCAACGAGCGCUGGAUCUAUGGCGGGCUUCAUAUAAAGACGUAUCGGCUUCUCGAAUACCUUGUUGUCCAUCCUCCAUCACUACUUUGACAUCUAAACUCGAUACGGAUAUCUAGAGAGACCAAUCAGAUCAUCAUGACGGAUUUUAAGGGACAUUGCCAUUGCAAGCAGACGGAGUGGACUGCCACCCUGCAGCAGGAUCAGCAGGCACACAUCCUGUGUCACUGCAACACUUGCAAGGAACUCUCCGGCUCCACCUACACGCUCAAUCAGAUCAUCCCCAAGAAAGCACUCAAAAUCACCAAGGGCGAUGAUCUAGGCAAAUACACAUACAAGGGUGACUCUGGAAAGAGCGUUCAUUGCUUCUACUGCAAGAACUGCACCUCACACGUGUACCACGAGCAAGAGGCGCUCGGCCCCGACAGCAUUGUCCUAAGAACAGGACUCUUGGACGAAGGCAUCAAGAACUUCAAGCCUGGUGCGGAGAUCUUUGGCAAGGACCGCUUGUCGUGGGAGAAAGAGGUUGCGCAGACAUUUGAGGUUAUGCCGCCUUCGUAGACAGACGUAUUCGGUAGCAUGAACGGACAAAUACUUCAUCAUAAUCAUCAAGAAGGC